GAGCCGAGCUCGUGUCGAACCACCGUCUCAUUCCAGCGGCCUCCAGUACGUUCCAUCCCAAACCAUCCUGUAUUCCCUCCUUUCCGAGCCCCAAGACAGGACUCGCCGCCGCCGCCUCGCCUUUGCCUCCCUCGCAGGCGAAACCCUAGGUUAGAGGACGGGAACCCCGCCCCGCGCGGCGCCAUGGACUCCAUCCGGAAGCAGCUCGACCAGCUCAUGGGCGCCAACCGCAACGGCGACGUGCGGGAGGUCAGCCGCAAGUACUACGACCGCGACGUCUGCCGCCUCUACCUCGCCGGCCUCUGCCCCCACGACCUCUUCCAGCUCACCAAGAUGGACAUGGGGCCAUGCCCGAAGCUGCACUCGCUGCAACUGCGCAAGGAAUAUGAGGAAGCCAAAGCCAAAGGUACAGACAAUUAUGACUGUGAAUUGGAAGAAACUAUAGAAAGACUAAUUGUUGAGUGCGAAAGGAAGAUUCAAAGAGCCCUUAAACGUUUGGAGGAGGAAGACGCUAAGGCAGCCAUUGCAAUUUCUGUCACUGAGGUUACACAGACUAAAGAAGUAAUGGAGUUGUCCAAACAAAUUAGGCAGAAGAUGAAGGAGAUCGAUGCUUUUGAUCUUGAGGGUAACACUGAGGGAAAAAUUCAGGCCACUGAAGAAAUCGACAAGCUCAAAGAACAGAGGGCUGAAGAGCAGGCAAAAAUGUUACUUGAAGCUUUCAACAAAGACCGUGUUUCUUUAAUAAAUUCUCUUCAAAAUGCUGCUCAAUCAACUACACCUGCUCCUCCUGCUGCUCCAGAUGCACGAACACAAGAAAUGAUAAAUGAGAAACUGAAAAAGGCAGAAGAACUGGGAGAGAAUGGGAUGAUUGAUGAAGCUCAAAAACUGUUAGAUGAGGCAGAAGCUCUGAAGAAGCUGAGCGCUCGGCCACUGCCUGUUCCAGACUCUGCAAAAAUGUCUGCUCACGUCCAGAUUACUGAUCAAAAGUUGCGCCUGUGUGACAUAUGUGGGGCAUUCUUGAGCAUAUAUGACAGUGACCGUCGUUUGGCAGAUCAUUUUGGAGGGAAGCUUCAUAUGGGUUACAUGCUCAUACGUGAGAGGUUGUCCGAACUGCAGGAAGAAAAGAACAAAAAGAGGAAGAUAGACCGAGCUGAGUAUGACAGAAGGUCCAGGGAAAGGAGUCUGGAACGCAAGAGGGCUUCAAGCAGGGACCGCCAUAGAGGAGACUGGGGCAGCAGCCGUGACAGGGACAGAGAUUAUGACCGUAGAAGAAGCCAUGAUCGCUACCAUGAUAGGGAAAGAGAGAGAGAAUCAGGGAGAUCUCGUAGUUAUGAUUCGAGGAACCACCGCAGGUCACGAUCCCCGAGGGACAGUUCUAGGGAUUAUGAUCGAUAUGAGCGUCAUGGCUGUCGAGAUCGAUACUAGAUGCAAGGCUUGUUCCUUGAGGUUUGAGAAUUUUACCAUGCACUGUAUCAUCCUUGGUGCUCCUGUACGGGAAUUCUCAAGGUGGGGACUUAAUUAGGUGACUACCUUGUGGCUGGAGAAAGGCAUCUGCAUCUUUAUGGAGAUCUCUGCGUUGUCUUGUUAUAAUGUUAGCUGGUGUUUCUCGUGUGUAAACAGAAUCUGGUAGCGUUUUGUAAUGUUUCGGUGCACAUUCAAAUUUAUGUUAAUCUGCCCUUGCCAAA